CACCUCUAGGUACGUAGGCAUAGGCAAGUCUAGAUUUUAACUAGUUGUUGUUGCAUCAACUAGAAGGGAUACACACCUAUAUAACUAACUUGAGUACUGUUGAUCCUCUUAUCUAUACUCUCCCUAACUAAAUACUAAUAUGAAGACCAAUAAUAGUGUUGUUUUUUCACUUCGAAAUCAACCAUCACAUGAUCACUCUUCCCAUGAAUUUGAAGGAGUAUCAAUUGAUGAGCAAUCUCACAUCCCUUUACUCUUACAAAAGCCUUGUGCAAGAUCCAAAUCAUCGAUAUACGAUGAGCUUCGACACUUUCGAAUAAGCCUCAAAUGGUGUGCCCUUGAUCACACAACUUCCCUAGGGAAAACUAUAUCAUAUCUCACCUUCUUUAUCCUAGCCAUAAUCAUCCCUAUCAUAACCUCAAUCUCCAUUAAAAUCCCAUCUUCUUCUCAUUCUAAGAACCCCCUUUCAUUCAACAAACUAGUCCAACUCCCUGAAUCGAGCUUAGCCUUUAUCGGAUUCUUCACAUUAUGUCAAUUUUUCAAAGAAUACGGCCUUAGGAAGCUCUUGUUUCUUGAUGGUCUUAAUGAUGAUUCAUUAGAUGUUCAACUUGGUUAUAAGUGUGAGCUAGAUAAAGCUUUUAAGAACCUAGCUUACAUUUUACUCCCCUCUUUUAUUGUCGAAUUUGCGCACAAAAUUUUCUUCUUCUCAACCAUUGUUGUGUCAUUUCCUGUUGUUGGUGUAAGCAUUGUACCAAUGAAUUCGAUCAUGUUUAUAUCGGGUAUGAUAUCGUGGGUGUACAGAACAGGCGUGUUUUUGCUUGUUUGUGUUCUGUUUCAGUUAACCUGUGAGCUCCAAAUACUUCGGCUCGAGGCCGUAAGGCAUAUGUUCGAGGGGUUUGGGUCUGAACCUAGUGCUUUCUUUAGGGAGCAUCGAAGAAUCAGGGAUCAACUCUAUGUUACUAGCCACAGGUUUCGGUUCUUCAUUGCUGGGUGUCUUGUAACCAUCACAGUUAGUCAAUUGGGUGCUCUUUUGUUGGUUUUGGCCUCUAAAUCUGACAAGAAUUUCUUUAAUUCUGGUGAUAUUGUGGUAUGUUCAGCAGUGCAAUUGAGUGGAUUCUUCUUAUGUUUAACGGGGGCAGCAAGAAUAACUCAUAGAGCUCAACAAAUUGUGUCAGUUGCUACAAGGUGGCACAUGCAUAUGACUAGUUGCUGCGAUGAUGGACUAGAUCAUCGCAGCAAAGGUGAAACACCAGCAAUAGAUGCAUCAUCUCCAGCACCCGACUCUGCCGGCGACAUGGCCGAUGACAAAGAUCAAUCCUCAUCGCCAGAUGUUGCUGUGAAAAUCUUGCAGCAGGAACCUCAUGCCUUUCAAACUAGACAAGCUUUAGUAACAUACUUGCAGCACAACAAUGGUGGAAUUACAGUGUUCGGAUUCGCGCUCGACCGUGGAUUGCUUCAAACGUUAUUCGCAUUUGAGUUGUCACUGGUGUUGUGGAUUUUGAGCAAGGUGAUUGUACUAUCUUGAACGAUACAAACUAUUCAGUGAGAAAUUUCUCAAGUUUCUCCUCGUGUACGAAGACAUUAGUCCAGCAUUUUGUUCUUGUAUAUAUAAUAUACUUCUAUAGUUCCAUGUAA